AUGGCUGCCACAAUGAAAGCCCUCGUAACCCAAGGUGACAAGACCGCCAAGGUCCAGGAGGUCGCGAAGCCUCAGCCCGGCCCCGGCGAGAUCCUCAUCAAAGUCUCCGCCGUAGCCCAGAACCCCACCGACUGGAAAUCUACCGCCGCCGUGCCCGCAGGCCGCAUCGUCGGCUGCGACUUCGCAGGCACCAUCGCCGACCCCAACGGCACCUCUUUCAAGCCCGGUCAGCGCGUCGCCGGCUGGGUUCACGGCGCCAGUGUCGAUCCUCUCCGCGGCGCCUUCGCGGAGUACCUCGUCACCGAGAGCACCCUCGUCUUCCCCAUCCCCGACAGCCUCACUGACUCCGAGGCCGCCGUCAUCUCCCUCGCUUUCGCCACGUCCGUGCAGGCCCUAUUCCAGCGCAUGGGACUCCCCGAUCCGGAGAACCCGGCCAAGGAGCCAAUCCCCGUGCUGAUCAACGGAGGCACCGGCAGCGUGGGUCUGUAUGCUAUCCAACUUGCGAAGAAGGCCGGUCUGCGCGUCAUCGCCACCGGCGGCAAGAAGAACCACGAGCUCCUGAAGAGCCUGGGCGCCGACGUCACCAUCGACUAUCGCGACGAGGACUGGAUCGAGCAGGUCAGGAAGGCGGCGGACGAUAACUUGCAGCACGUGUUUGACACCAUCAGCGAGGUCGAGACCACCACCGCCGUCGCCAAGGCCGUCUCGCCAAAGGGCGGCCAUGUCAUGUGCAUCCUGCCCCGGAAGGCCGACGAGGUCGGCGCCCCGCAGGGCGUCAAGGUCGAGAGCACGCUCGGGUACACCGUCUUCGGGCGGAGCCUCAAGUACGGCGCCUUCGACAACAUCGACGGGGCGAAGCCCGAGGACAAGAAGUUCUGGGAGAAGUACCUCAAGCUCCUGCCGAAGUGGUUGGAGGACGGAAGCAUCAAGCCAAACCCGACCAAGGAGUUUGGCGGGCUGGAAGACAUCCCCAAAGGCUUCGAACUACAGGCCAAGGGUGGUGUGAGUGCGGAAAAGUUGGUGUAUAAGAUUUCUCAGUAG